GCCCCGGCGGACGGGACGCUGGAGGACACGAGGCUCCUGCUGCACUCGCGGGCGGGCUCGCAGUGCGGGUCGCACCGCGACUUCGCGGACCAGCUCCAGGACGUCGAGCAGGCCACCGAGGCGGAGCUGAAAGAACGCAAGGCCGAGCUGAUGCGGCUGAAGAAUGUGCUCAAGGAGCUGGACCACGACCACUCAG